UACUCAAUGGUCCUUCGGGGAUUCCGUAGAUUCGCGUUUCACGCGAAACUCGCGUUUGGAAGGAGAGUUCGUGAACCUGAGCGGCUACAAUGAGAGCACUUGUGCGCUCCUCGCUGGGAAACGUAGUGAAAUGCUUUAGCCCACAGUCUGCCACUCCGAGCAGGUUGGUCAGGCAACCAGCAGUACUAUAUUCCAGAAAAAUGUUGCAUUAUGAAACGGAGGCGAGAGGACAACCGAACUCUCAAAGCUACAGGAUUUAUUGUAAAACAUCCGAUGGAAAAUACAUCUCACCGUUCCAUGACAUUCCACUUCAUGCAGAGGUGGAGAAGGACAGUGAUGUGCCACUAAAGAAAAUGAAGAAGGGGGAGAAUGAGGUGCUUUUCAACAUGGUUGUCGAGGUACCUCGAUGGUCAAACGCAAAAAUGGAGAUUGCUACGAAAGAGGUGCUAAACCCAAUCAAACAGGACGUGAAGAAAGGAGCACUGCGCUACGUGGCUAAUGUCUUUCCACACAAGGGCUACAUAUGGAACUACGGGGCGCUCCCACAGACAUGGGAGGACCCCGAACACACAGACAAAGACACAAAGUGCUGUGGAGACAACGACCCCAUAGAUGUGUGCGAUGUGGGCUCCCUGGUGUGUGUGCCAGGCCAGGUCAUCCAGGUCAAAGUCCUUGGCGUCUUGGCCAUGAUUGACGAGGGAGAAACCGACUGGAAGGUCAUCGCUGUCAACGCUGAUGACCCAGAUGCCCAAAACCUGAAUAGUAUAGACGAUGUUCGCAAACAGAAGCCUGGUCAUUUAGAAGCCACUGUCGACUGGUUCAGAAAAUACAAGGUGCCAGACGGAAAGCCCGAAAACCAGUUUGCCUUCAAAGGACAGUUUAAAGACAAGGAUUUUGCCAUGGAGGUAAUUAAAUCCACUCAUGAGCACUGGAAAGCUCUCAUGCAGAAAAGCACCAACAGUGGAGAGAUAGAAUGUAAAAACACUUCUGUCUGUGAGAGCCCCUUCACGUGCAGUUCGGAGGACGCCAGAAAUGUGGUUGAAUCGGCUCCUGCGUUGAGUAACGCCCUUCCUUUGUCUCCUGGGGUGGACAAGUGGCAUUUUCUCUAAAGGGGAUCUGACUUCCUCAAGAUGGUGCCAAAACAACAAAACCUAUGGUCCACUUAAGACCUUCCCAUUCUCCACUCAUUUUGUAAGCACUCUGUCUGCACUUAUACAGAGAGGCUAUGGUCUCUGCUUUGGUCGCCAACAUUUAAUAUAGGACAAUAUAAUGACAUUUUGAAAUGCCCUUUUUCAAAACCAUGUAAUUAUACGGUUGAAAGGUAAAAUAACCGUUGAAUAUUUUGUUUUAAACUAUAUUUUAGGCUUGCAGAAUACAUGGUAUAUAUUUGUUUUAAUGAUGUUUGCAAAAUAAUUCUGUUGAUCACAGGGCUACUUUUGAUUUCACUUUCAUAAAAUUUGUGUAUUCUUUUGGCUCAAAUCUUGUAAUCAUUUCCACUUUCUAAAAAGUCAGUGCAGCAACUACGGUUGUAUGUUAAGCUUAUGUCAUGUGACCGAUCGCACUCAAUCUAGCUUUUUAUUUUAUUAAGGCCAAUUUUUUUUUUGUACUGAGAAAAUAUAUUAUUGAUUUGAAAGAAUAAAUAAUCAUAUGCUAUAAACAUGUUCUUUUCCCCGUUUUACUUAAAACUUACCUUACCAUUGGAAGAAGACAUAAAUCAAGGACGGCAUGUAUUAAGUUGAGAAACGAAUCAAAGUGCAUUAAAUAAAUAUAACCUUUAUUAAAAACACCCACAUCUUAGCAAUAACAGGAAUGAUAUAAUGAACAGCUUUCAAAUAAACUGCGUUCAGUACAUUACAUUACUUACAGUAUCUAACCUUUUUAAUUCCAUUUUUAGCAUACCAUACUUCAGGAAAUCUAGAGAAGCCUUUGAAAAAAAACAAACAGGAAUUUGCAGUUUUUUAACCUUUUUUAGUGUCUAAUUGCAAACCUCUGUUUAUCAACUGCUAGCAUAACGUCAGGGCUUAGCACCUUUUUAUUCGUAAAUUAAGCUCUGAAAGUCAUUCAAGUAAUGUUGAUCCUUGAGUAUGGCUAUGCUAAAACCCGCUAUAAAUCACCUUGUCUUACUCAACUUGCUACUUCAGCUGGGUCCUGUACAACAUAAUAACUUUAUAAUUUCUCUACAAAAUGGGAAAGGUACAAAUACACAUUUUGAAGGUUUUUGCUAACCGGAUUGUAUAACUGUAAAAAAUUGCUGUGGCAAUGGAGCUUAGUAUGUACAAAAACUGUCUAGAUUUAUCUGACUGGGGUUUUCUGUUAACUCAAACAAUAAAGAAACCAUGUUUACUUUA